AUGUCCAACCACUCGAGCGCCCCCUGCUGGAUGAAGGCCAGCCACGAGGGCCUUGCAGACACAGAGGAGGCGCUGAAGGACUUCGACUUCCUGGUCACAGAAGACGGAGAAGGAGCAGGAGAAGCACGGAGCUCCGGGGACGGGACCGGGUGGGGGGAGACCGACCUGGAGAGUGUCCUGGGUCUGGGCGACCUCGCCGACCUCACAGUGACCAACGACGAACCGGACUACGGAUAUGACCUCCAGUCCAGUAAAGAGUCUUCGUUCAGAAAAACUGAGCUCUUCCGCCUGACAGACCCCUCCCUGCUGUCUGUGUCCGAAGACCCCACCAUCAAACUAUGGAACCUCACCAAGACUGUGCACACCAGGAAGUAA